GACGCUUUGUUAUCGACUUUCCGUCUAGUUAACUAUUCUAUAGAGUAAUUGAAGCGGCGCGGAGUUGUGCUGACGGUUCGUCUAGGUCGUAUGAAUAGCGCCGGGAUAUUUAGCCAGAGUUGUCGCUAAACGUGUCCCCGUUGAGGGAUGUUGACUUGUGAGGAGUGAAAAGUUUUAUGACGGUAGCGAUGGCGGCGGGCGGGCGGCGCGCCGCAGGGCGCAUGCCCGCCACUGCGCCACUAUCGGUGCGCUGCCCCCUGGCGGCUCGCACCGCAGUGAAUUGCGUAACAAAGCACACUCGCCUUCAAACGCUACGCCGAAAACUUUCGUCCCGUGCGCGCUCGCGGAUUGUACGAGCGCAAAACGACUUAACUUUCCCGCGGCGCGCUUUUCCGAACCUACGCGAAAAUAUCAAGAAACUCACCCAUAUUUUCAGUACACCCAGGAUUUCGCUUGCGGCUUUUGUUUUUUUUAAGUUUUUCAAGUUGUUAAAGUUGACUGUAAGUGGAGAAGCAUUGUGCGGCAAUUUAAAACAGUGUAAACGUUACGUGUUGUGUUUAAUUGGUUAAUAUUUGUUUUAGUUUGCUUGUUUUGUUUAAUUUGGCGAGUGGUAGAAGCCGCCGGUGGCAGCGCUGGUGGGGAAUCGAUACCGACUGCGGUGGGAGCGGCGAAAGAUAGCAACGUGAUGGUGCGGCGGUGGGCGCCUGCGCGGACGCGUUGAUCACUCCACAUGCCGACACCACUCUGCAGUCAGCAGAAAGAUGUCCUAAUAUGGGUUGGUCAUGCAUCGUGGCACGCAUCGUGGCCUUCUUCCUCAUGCUCAACCAAGUAUCGGCUCUCACGUCCGACAUUUUUGCAGCGGGAAAGUCGGACAAAGAGAUAUUGGACAACCUCCUGAAAAACUCCCGCUAUGAUAAAAGACUGCUUCCUCCCGUAGAUGAUCCAGAAUUUUGUUGUGGUCUAACAUCGCCCAAUGACUCUCUGGCUCAAAAUAGGGUCGGGCUGUCAUCGCUGCGGCCCCGCUCGCACAAUCGCGGUGUCCUCACCGUAAAUGUUAGCGUGCUACUUCUUAGUUUAGCAUCUCCAGACGAAUCUAGUCUUAAAUACGAGGUAGAAUUCCUUCUACAGCAGCAGUGGUAUGAUCCGCGACUGCGCUACUCUAACCAGUCCCACUACGAUUUCCUCAACGCCAUCCACCACCACGAGGACAUCUGGCUUCCUGACACCUACUUCAUUAUGCAUGGAGACUUCAAGGAAUUUUCCCAGCACUCAUGGGACCCAAUAAUACCAAUGCACUUCGCGUUGCGUAUCUAUCGUAAUGGCACUAUAAACUAUCUGAUGCGGCGGCAUCUAAUAUUGUCCUGUCAGGGGCGGCUCAACAUCUUUCCUUUUGAUGACCCAUUGUGUUCAUUUGCCUUAGAAAGUAUAUCAUACGAGCAGUCAGCAAUAACGUAUGUGUGGAAAAACGAUGAGGAUACGCUUCGUAAGUCGCCAUCAUUGACGACUUUGAACGCGUAUCUAAUCCAGAACCAAACCAUCGCUUGCCCCAUCAAAGCGAGUUGGAGAGCUGAGGGUAAUUCACUUUACGAAGAAGAUGAAGAGCUGACAUGUAAUCUUUGCCAGAGACGGUUUGAGGAGCAAGGUAACUACAGCUGUCUAAAGGUCGACCUAAUUUUUACAAGAGACCGCGCGUUCUACUUUACUACAGUAUUUAUUCCUGGGAUAAUAUUGGUGACUUCCUCGUUUAUCACGUUUUGGUUGGAGUGGAAUGCGGUCCCGGCGCGUUCCAUGAUAGGUGUGACGACGAUGUUGAAUUUUUUCACAACAUCAAAUGGUUUUCGCUCCACCCUGCCCGUGGUAUCCAACCUAACAGCUAUGAACGUAUGGGACGGCGUGUGCAUGUGCUUUAUAUACGCCUCCCUAUUGGAGUUCGUGUGUGUCAACUAUGUGGGAAGAAAGCGGCCUUUACAUAACGUCGUCUACAGACCAGGGGAGAAUCCUGUUACUCAGCGACUGCCUGCAGUCCUGAGCAGAAUUGGCAUUAUACUGGCCAGCCCCUUGGAGGCGAUGGCAUUCCUACAAUGGGCUAAAUCAGACGCGAAUGAACCAGAGCCAAGCGGUGCCGGAGACAAAAAGAGAGAGUCGACAGGUGCUGCGGACCUAGUAUCGUGUACUACGUGCACUGGAGCGCCGGGUUCCUGCACACACACUGCCAACAACGGAGGAGUAUCCGAGCCAUGUUUCGUCCAGGUUCGCAAAAAAGAACCCCCUCAUCCGAUUCGCGUGGCGAAGACGAUCGAUGUCAUCGCGCGCAUCACGUUCCCCACUGCCUACGCCGUGUUUCUAAUCUUCUUCUUUAUACACUACAAGGCCUUUUCUUAAUGCUGCCUCUACAUUACUUCCCGCUGCAGGCUGCUUCACAUGAACUGGACAGUUAUAUUCUUAGAUCUUGUACGUAAGUACUUCUUUCACCGCUCGUAUGAAUUGGAUCGCGCUGCAAGUGACAACCUCUUCGGUGCAGUGUGUUCGCCUAACGAGUGUUGAUGUUGACAUUUGUUGCCAUUGCAAAUUGUGAUGAUUACUCACUAUAGUGAUAGUAUUUGAUAUUAGGAUUAGGACCAUUUUCAAAGCUGCAAAAGCAAAGAAUAGUUGCAGCUUGCCGUUGUUAAAUAGAACGUCUUGAAGUAAGGAUUAGAGACGAAUGCGAAUUUUCUACAAGUUUUGAAAUAGUUUUCAAAAAUUAUUCAUAAGUUGAGGAUCGCUGAGUAUGGGGCACGAAUUUUAUUAGUUUCUUAUCAAUACCAGGAAACUUAUGAUAGGAUAAAGAGGGAUCAAUAAAAUAUUACUAUGAAUAUUCUGCAUCUAUGCAGAUAACGAUACUCGGGACUGUGUGAUGAGCGGUGUUUGAAUGCGCAUUCUAAAGGUGCAACUGAAAGUUGGUUUUGUUAGAAUAAAGAAAUCUAUUUCAAACCUUAAGACAGUCCAAAUGUAAAUCAUUGCUUUAAGUUCAUGAGACGUAUAAGUAUUUUAAGAUAGCAAAAGACAUAACUUUUAUAUAUGUUACAUUUAAUCACCACUGUUUCCUUUAUUUAUAGUAUAUGUGACAUAUUAUGUAUAUAAAUAUACACCCACACAAGUUAAAGUUGUGAUAAUAUCAUAAUUCAAUGUUAAAUAUGUUUGCUUUUUAGAAGAGCUACAAAGACAAUAGAAACGUGUAGAUUUUAUUCAAAUAUUUCCUGGAUAAUGUGUGUUAAAGUUUAGUUUCAAAAUAUUCGAUUAGAUAUAAGUCAAGAUGAAGCUCAAGACUCUUAUUUCAAAAUGUAUGUAUUAGUACCUAUCGUUAUUAAGAUACAUUGGAUUCUCGGAUUGUCUGUUUUUAUAAUAAUACUUCGUUUUAGUUUGUGAGCUGUGUUAAUGUGAAACCAUGAACAUGCCUUCUAACAUUAAUUAUUGUUUGCAGCCUUGACAUUACGUAGGAUUUAGCUUUAGCUCGCCCGCCGUAGACUCUUGGCAGGUACAACAAAGCAUCACACUAUUGGGCACCAUUAUAUGUUUAUUUAGGGUGCUUAGUACUUUGUUACAAUGAAAUAAAUUUAAAUAAAAGUAUCUAAAUCAAUUUAUAGUCAUAUCCACUGAGUAGAUAUAUACUUAAUUAACAUGGCGGGACGUGAAAAUUUAGGUAUUUGUGCGCGAGUAUGCUGUUACAUUAUUUUUAACUACGUUACUUUUGUUUCUUCCGCGAGGAAAUACCUACGUCUUAAAAGCAUUACGGUGUUGAAUCAAAUUUGAAUAAUGCAUACCGUAACACUGUUGCUUAUAUAUUGUCCCCAUCUGUUGUAGUUUUAUGCCUUAUUUAAGUUAAACACUUCCUGUUCUUUAUAGCUCUGUUAGAAUGUUUGAUUAAGGAUUGUUUCCUUAUCAACGUAUUGAGGUAGUAAUAAAGCGCACGCAAGUUUUAAUAAUAAUUAAUUAACCAGCCUUCAACAAAGAGAGAUAUAAUCACUAAAGUUACUUAACUAUUCAAGAUUUCUUAACAACAAUCAAUUUCUUAUAAUUGUACAUGGAAAAGAAGAACAAAAAAAAGGAAAACGGCUCAACCUACUACAUGUAGCCAUGUAGGUAUACUAGUCCGGCUGUAUAAAAUGCGAGGUUGACGGCAUAUUUAAGCCUUCAGCAUAAACUACUAAAAGACAUAAAUAGGAAUAUAAAACUAAAACUAACUACAAUUAAAAUAAUUAAAACUAAAAAUGUAAGCAUUUAAACUUCAGCAUUGUCCAAUGUAAGCACAAUAAGACUCGUGUUGUGGGUACUUACUAGACCCCGCUUUUUCAGAUUAGAAAUUGUUUAACUUCAAAAGUAGUUGUAACUUAUUUCCCCCAAAAUUAAACCUGUGUAACUAAGCACUGAGUUAUUGUGUCGUUUCCAUAAUUUUGUGCCGCAAUAAUAUAUAUCAUAGGAUACUCAGAAUUUCGGAAGAAAAAGUUUAUUACCACUACUUUUGAGGUUAUAAAAAUUCAAAUCUUAAAAAAAAAACAGUUUAUAGACUGUACUAUACAUAUAUAUUAUUAUAGAAAUACUUAAUUAAUUAAUUGCUCAUUUAUGUUUUUAAUUGCGGAAUGGACUGCAAGUCUAUUUUUUCUAUGGUAACUGAAUAUACAGGGUGAUUCAGGAGACGUGAGCAGGACUAACACUGCGCAUUUUGUAAAUUAUUAGCAACUGUUUCGUAUCAGUAUUAGUGAGAUUAACGUUAAUUUUCUACUCGUGUUGUAAAAAAAAAUUAAUAAAUUUAUUUACGACAUGCAUGGUCACCCUAAAAUGAGAAUACUAAACUAGGUACCGAUAUUCUGUGUCAUCACUGUCAUCACGGUCUGGUUGCUUUUGAAAACUCUUAUCUCACUCAAGUUUGACAGUUUAUUUUCUUCGUAAUCAAAAUGCUGUCAUUACGGUUAAAGAGGUUUUAUGUUUAUUAAUUAGGUCUUGUAGGGUAACCAUGAAUGUAGAGAGUUAAAUUUGCCCUCACCAAAAAUUUAAAAAAUAGGAAAAAGUGUUGUUGUUUCACCUAAAUACGACGGUGAUCGAUCAAUUAUCAGUAACUGAGUGUGCAGGUUUAGUCCUGCUCACGUCUAAUGAAUCACCCUGUUAUAACAAUUAAUGUAAUCACAACCGCCAGCCGGGCUAGAUAUGUGUGCGUGUCAAUUGAUAGAUAAAUAAACAAGAGAAUCGUCGUUUCAUCAUCUAUGGUUAUUUUAAAUAUAUUAAGCCAUUCAAGGCCCAAAGCUACGUCGCGUAACACUGAAGCCUAAGGGUAAAUUUCGCGAUGUGGCGAAAUCCCUCAUAGGCGCGCGGCGCUUAGGGGGGCAUUCCACAAAAAGGUUUACUUUGUCGUGGACGUGACGCGUAUAGCAGCUACCUUAAUAACCAAAAAACUGUAUUAUAUCAAGUUGUCAUAUAUUACCAUGCCAAAUAUUGACUUCUUAGCUUUAUCAGAAGUGUUCAAAAUAGCGUCUCGUAUCCGACACUGUUCUGGAAUGCCCCUAAGGUAUUAACUGGCAUCGAAUAAAUUCACAGAUUACCUACUACAGACUUUACCUCAUCUUUUACCGAAUAUAAUAUUAAACUAUUUUAAUAAUUAUCCAUAUUAUUUCUAUUGAAACUUGAUACCAUGCCUUUUGCUUAAUAAAGAGCGGACCAACCAGUCAACUGUUUUGGAAAGUAGAUUUUGUAGGUGUCUAAAAUAUAAUAAAGAGUACCUUUAAGAACAAAUGCGUUUUGGCUGUGCUUUGAUUCAACUUAUGUAAAUUUAAUAUACCUUUAAGGACCUGUUACGUCUUUUCAAAAUAAGUUUAGGUUUUUUUUUCUCUGGGAAAAAUAAUAUAUACAUAUAUACUCGGGGUAACGUAUCUGUAUUAAGGUUGCAAGUAGUUCUAGCUACUACGGCUUUAAUAAUUAUAAUCAUAAUUAAUUACCUACAUAACACUUAAGAGGAGAUCCCAUACUUUACUUAUGCUAUGGAGUGCUUAAGCGAAAGUACUGCAAAUGCAAAACAAUAUACAUACUAUAAAAUUGUAACAGAAACUGUUUAUGUUAAAUCAUAUACAAAUAAAUGAUCUCUUGUUAUAUUCUGAUACGUUACUAAUAUUUUAAAGUUUAUUGAUGUUAGAGUACAAUGUUUCCAUUCCCUAAAUUUUUUAUUAAGUAUGAAAGUGAUACUACUUUUAUUCGCAGUGUUUUUAACUAAUUAAACUAUAAGAUAAAAAAUAACAUAUCAUUCGCUUUAUAAGAUAUCUACCUAAAUUGUGCUAUGUCCUGUUAAACUAAAAGUUAAAACUGAAAUGUAUAUUUUGUGCUGGCUUUCUAUAUUUGUAUCCGUUUUAUUUAUUAUUAAAUAAAAGUAUCGUGUAAGUGUUGUGCCUGGCAUUAGAUACUAAUAUUUUAUUUUAUAUGAUUAUUGUCUCUACUUGAAAUGUGACUCAUUAAAAGAUCUGCUGCAAAACGCAGUUACUAAAUACAAUAAAAAAUGUAAUCUAAAUGUAAAACAUGAUAUUAUUAUUUAGGUACGCGCAAAAAAAAUGCAAUAUCAUAUUACGCAUUAUACAUUAAUGUACUUACCUAUAACAAUAUCAAGCCUCAGAAUGAAGUUGCUUUCUGUAAUUUUGUUUUGGUUAAUAAUGACUUAUGUUGUUUUUUCUGAUAAACUGUUAUUCGUUUCCUAAAUAAGUAUUUUGAAACAAGAAAAAGUAUUACGAUUAAAAUUUACUGUAUGGAAUGUAUGACCAGAAGAAGGCUUAUUUGUUUACAAGCUGUACUUAAUUUAGCUCAGAAAACAGUUACAUAGUUUAUUUAGGUCAAAAUUUGCAAACACGUUAUGAACCAAAUUAUUGUACCAUUAGGCUUUUCUGAAAGUAAACUCUUAAAGGCCAGGCGUUGUCUGUUAGAGUCGUCGUGAUGAAGUGCUAGAUGUAGGUAUAAGACGAAUUUUAUUGAAUUGAAAAUGUUUUGUUUUAAUAUAUUUAUAUCCGUGCCAGUUUAGCUUCAUAAAUGUGUUUAAAUUGUAUUGCUACUGUUGUCCUGUUUAAUACAUUUAAAAUCCAAAUACCAAAAGAAUAGACAUUGAAUACUACUGUCAUUCAAUUUAUUUUCGAACGAACGUUUAUUUGCAUUGAUAGUAAUAGUCUGGUUAAAUUAGUUUUUGUAAAAUACUUUGACCCGUCCAAUUCAGUAGGUGUGUAAGCCAGUGGUGCUUAACUCGUACUCUACAAUUUAAUAUCGGGCUUGUGCCAUAAUACUAGAUGAAAUUAUAACAGACCAGACUCGAAUGGCUAUGGCUAUAAACUAAAAGAUCGAGGGUAAAUGAACCAUUUAAUCGAUAAUAUUAAUCUCACAUAAUCUUGUCUUUCCUUUUUUAAUACAACUAUAUUUUUUAUUUAUUUUUAGCCCGUUAUAGUGGCCCACUGCUGGGCAAAGGCCUCUCCCCUUGAUUUUUUAUUUAUUACUGUAUUGAGUAUCUAUUUAUUUUUAAAUAAUACUACUAUUAGUCAAUAUUAAUAAAAUAGUAUUAACCAUUUUCUUGCAGUAACAUUAUUUUCUUCAUGAAAAACAAUUAGAGACUUUAAUUUAAUAUUAUUGUGAGUUAUUCUAACGUCGUUGUUGGUAAAAAAGAAUCGGUUAAAUCACGUAUUAAUUUACUGUAGGCGCUACGUGUGAGGUACGUGCUUAUCCGUAUCCCAAUUAUGGAUUCCCGAGAAACCCGAAACAUGUCGCGCUAACAGUGUCAAAAUACUUCAAUUGAACCAGAAGUCUUAAUCAAUUUAUUAAAAAUUCUAGUCAAAUGUAAAAAUAAGAGGCAGCUAUUAUUUUACAUGCAUAUCUUUUGUAAACCAUUGCUGACGCUACAUUGCUAUCGCCAGCUAAAUGUAGCUAUAAUCAUGUUUGGGUGUCCGUAGCGAUUACAUUCAUCCGUUGUAUAAAUAAUAGCAAAAAGCGAUGAAAAUAUCCAUUCAAAACACAAGUGUCCAAAAACCUAUCAAAUCCAACCGAAAACUCUAAACCCACAUUAAUAACAAGCAAAUCUUCGUAAAACGAGCAAUGAAUAUCGUGGCUGUGACUCUAACAUUUUAUCAGAUAAAAAAUGUCGUACAUUAUGUCGAUGUCUUAGAUUGUAUGAUCUUCACAUGCCAAUAAAUAAGACCAACAAGAAAAAAAAUAUCUUAGAAUAUACCUACUGCCUAUGUAUCCAUAAGUAGAUACUUACCUACAUAUAAAUAUGUAUAUAGUAUAUAUAUUAUGAUCAUGAUAUUUAUUAUUAUAUCGUCGCCGGACACCCUAUUUUUAGUAUCUAGGUAGACAAAACUAAUUAGGAGAAGUAUGUAAAAUGUAUAACAUAUUUAGGUAAAAAUAUAUAAAAAGGCACGAAAAGACAUUAGUGAGAUAAAUAAUUACAAAAAUAACCAAUAUUCAUUAGUAGUUAAUGUUAAAAGUUCUUUAUAUUGUUCGUAUUGUUUUAAAAUUGAACGUAGGAUAUUGAACAUUUCAAUCCAUGCUCACAUUCAGUGACAACCAAUUUGACUUCAAUUUAAUUCAUAAUAAAUUUAAAACAUAAAGGAAGUGCAGCAAUUUAUCCAAUUUCGUGGCUGAAUAAUAGUAUCUGGGCCAUUUUAUUCAAAAUUGUACAUUACACUUCUUUUUAAUUUAUUGGGAAUUUUUUAUGUUACAUAUUUCUAUUCAGAAUCACGACCUCUUUCAAUCCUAAUAGGAGAAAAAACGGUCCAAGGGUAUUUUUCCAUUCCCUUGCCAUUUUUUCAUACACUUAGUAACGGAACGGAAGGAACGAAACAUGAAUAGAAAUAUGUGACAAAAAAUAACAUGCCGUAUUUUAUGAAUUUUAUGAUGCAGAUUAAAAGGUUUACUAAUAAGGUUCAUUUUUCUCUAAAUAACAAAUACAAUCAGAAUAACGGAAGGCCAUGAAAACUAACAUAAUUGUUAGUUUUCAUGGCCUUCCGUUAUUCUGAUUGUAUUUGUUUUGUUUUUUUGUCACAUUUGACCGGUUCGAGUCCCGACUGAGGCAAGCGAUUUUUCAUAAAUCCUUAAAUGCAGAAUUUAUUGUUUUUAAAAACAAAGGAAAGUCUCCUUUACACAAAAUGUGCUAUUUACAAUAUUUAAGGUAGUUGCCAUCCAUGUGGCACUCGAUUUUUCCACCCUGUAUAUUGCAUAUAUUAUACAGAUCUCAAUCACAAUUAAAAAAUUAACGAUGAUCAAAUCUGGCUAACGUGGGAUUCAAACCCACAUUUUUGGAUUGUCGAUAAUACAUUUUAUAGAUUGUAAUGUGGCAACUACGUUUAAAUGAAGUCUUUUUCUCCUAUUAAGAUCGAAAGAGCUUAAGUUUCUGAGUAAGAAUCACAUAUUAAUAUCCGAAUAAAAAAAAACAACUUUAAAUAAAAUAGCUUACAUGUUCCAGAAUAGAUCAAAAACGGUUAUAUUUUCAAUAAAAAGUAAAUAUCCAUGCACUUCUAGCAUAAUUAGCACGAUACCUCUCGUUGUUAAUGUACAUAAUAUACAUAACAAUUGCAGUGAUCCAUCGAGUGGACAACACGGCCCAUUCUUUAGUUAAAAGAGUAUAAUACAGUAGAAAACAUUUUCAAGAAUUUUAUAGAGCCUCUGUAUUCAUUUUAAUGAUCCAAAACAACAUAACAAAAUAACCGCGAUUUUCCGAUUCUUGGCCUAGCUAGGCCAUCAUAACACUAUUCAUUCAAGUAGAUAUGCUGGGUACGAGAAUAAAUGUGUAAUAUAACUACAUAGAAAAAGGGAAAUUUAAAUAGAGGAAAUGUAACUACACGAAUAUCCCUACAAAAAUAUUUAAAUGUUUUUGUUUUACUUACAAUUAGAUGAAGCAUCAUCCGAGCAAUUAAGUUGAUAGUAGGUAAUAGGUGCCUUCGCGUGUUCAAUGAAUGUAAUAUCAAAGGAAUCAUUAUACACUUUGCUUUAUAUUUUAUUUAUUUUUAGACUCAAGAGCUAUGGAAACGGGUCACUUUGCAUGUAAAUGUCCUUACAAUAUAACCCGUUUCUGAUCACCUAUGUGGGAAUCGUAAACAAAGCUGAAGAAAGUUUCGUAUCAGCAGUAAAGUAUGUGCAUAUGCAAGUUGCUGAAAGUUUCCAUAAACUUGGAAAGAGUUGUCAGAAAAUAAUAAAAUAUACAAUAGGUAUAUAAUAAAAGUUUCCAGUUUGGAAUUUUGGAAAUUUUAAACUUAGUUCCCCAAAGUAAAUCUUAAGAAGUUUGCGAGAUCCAUAUAGAAAAUUUCGGAAUUUUGUAAACUUUCCACCAACACAAAUUUAAAGGUAUUCGUGCUACAAGAAAUAUAUACCUACGUUGUACCUAUAUUUCGAAUUAUGUAAAGUUAUAGUCAAAGCUAAUAUCAUAUUUGUAUAAAGCAACCACUUUGCUGAAGUGGUUCAUUAUUUCUACCGUGUAAUAAGAAAUCAAGUAGGUAAGCAUAAAUUUAUAAGUGCAUUAUAAAUUUAAGAUUUUGUUUAAAAUGUUUAAAUACUCAUAGUUCUAGUGUGGAAGAUUGCGCUACAUGUAGGUAAGGGCAAAUAGUUCAUGCGAUAGCCUGAAAUGUCACCGUAUCCGCGUAUUUUUUGUAAUUUGUAUAGCUGAUAAUGUACACUCUAUUUUAGUUAGAUACGUCAUAGACAAAGCAAUAAUAAGACUCAGGUUAAGUCAUAUAAUACAGGCCUCUGGUUUAACGGCUAAAGUAGAUGGCGAUAUAAGGUGUUACCGGGUUGUCAACUUAACGCUUAACAAAGUAGAAACUUUUCAGAUGUAGUGCAUAAUUAUUUUAACAAGUACUUAAGCAGCAUGACAAAUACGAACGUUUCCGAGAAAAUACGAUGGAAAACAAUUAUGCAAAAUGUACGUCAGCGUACGGCGCCAUCUAGUUCAGUGUAAAAAACCCGCCAACAAUAUAUCACUUCACUUUGUCCGUGCUUUGUCUAUGGUUACAUUACAUUAUUUAGUUAAAUAUAUGCAUCCUCACGAAUUACAUAUUUUGUAGUUCGAAUUUAUUACUGUAUUGUACAAUAAUCACUGACACGCAUAGCCUUUGUAAAUAAAAUGUAUGCGAUGACUGGCCAUCGUGUUUGUAAUGUGGCUCCAAAACUGUAGCAUUGUAAAUACUUUUAAUGUAAAAUUUAUUAAUUACAAUUUUCAUCAAAUAAAACACAAAUUCAAUUUA